AUGGGAUUUAGGCGAGUGGGAUCGUACGCUCCUCUCCUGUGGCUAUGGACAGCUGCUGAGGCAAUGGCCGCGGCAGGGGCGAAGGACACCAAAGAAGAAGGCGCCAUUGCCAACGGCUACGCAGCGUGGCCAUUCCCGUUGUUGCUAAGUGUUUGUGUCCUCAAUGUUGCACUUGCUGCCAUGUUUGCCGGGCUUACUAUUGGUCUGUUUGGAAUGGACUUCAUCAUGCUCGAUAUCAUAUCAUCCGCGGGCAAAGAGCCUGACCGAACGUACGCCAAGAAAAUUCUUCCAAUACGAAGGUAUGGCCAUCAGCUCUUGGCGACUCUCCUUAUCGGAAACAUGCUGGCAAUAGUUGUCAUUUCGCAAAUGGUGGCGGCCAUGGUGCGUUCCACAGAGUUUGUUAACUUUAUUGUUGCCACCGUAGUUGUGUUCGUGUUGGCUGAAAUCAUACCCAUGGGUGUCUGUAACAAGGGACCGUAUGCCUUGUGGGUGGGGGCGAAGAGUGCCCCUAUUGUGUCCAUUGCUCUUUUCUUGCUUUACCCCGUGGCGAAGCCACUGGGGAUGUUGCUAGAGUGCCUCGUUACUCAUGACGAGGGGCUCGUUUACGACCGAAAUGAAUUAAAAAAGUUACUCCGCAUCCAUUUCGAAAAGUAUGCCGACAAAUGUGGACUUGGAGACGAUGAGAUGCGUAUGAUUACUGGAGCCCUCGAGAUGAACGAAGCCAACCUUUCAGGGAUUCUUACACCACUAGAUAGAACCCAGAUGCUAGCGAGUACUCUUCCCCUUACCCGAAAACUUCUGGAACAACUGUGGAUAUGUGGAAAGUCACGACUACCCGUGUACGCUAACGAUUGCCCUUCGGACAUCAUUGGUGUGCUGUACGUGAGGGAUCUUAUCAAUAUCCCGUUGCAGCAGAUGGAUGGGAACCUCACCGUUGGGAGUCUGUUAGAUUUGAAUCCGCGUGAUAUUUUCAUUGUUCCUGAUACGAUGAUGCUUCAUGAGUUAUUGCGUGUCUUUUUAUCGAAGACUUCGCACCUUCUCCUUGUGGAGAAAGAACUGGUAGAAAAUCAGUUGAGCGAGGUGGGAGGAGAAGGAGUGGGAGCAGGGGCAGCCAAUAUGACAACAGUAUCAGAGGAUCGGCACACUGUGCCGUCACAGGUUAAGGUUAUUGCAUCCCGAUCAUCACCAGCUAGUAGGUCCCCGCGUCAUAUUAUAGGCAUUGUGACUCUGGAGGACGUCAUUGAGCGCAUCAUAAAGGCCGACAUCUAUGAUGAGUAUGAUCAGAGCAUGGAAGAGAGUGACAGUAAAUUGAGGAAGGAAGAAGGCCAUGGCGAAGAGGGUGAGACCGGGUUUCAGAAAAUUAGCCCCGUGCCGCGUGUAGCGCCACGUGUCAACUUCUACUCUUACGUGGUGGAGAAUGAAGGUGCGGGCGCUGACGACACCCUGACCACAGAACAAAAAUGGGCACUCGCAAGCUUCUUCAUCAAUUCGUACGUGGCGUUCGCAAUGUGGAGCCUACCACAGGUGAAGUGUUUCAUUGACUACAUUGGUGACCGCGUUGUGCGGCUGCCGGAGCAGGGCGAGGAGGGCCCCGUGCUCUACAGGCGUGGCGAGCGGAGUGACGCCUUCACGCUUCUACUCAGCGGUGGUGUGCGUAUCGUUGUGGGCGAUGGCGCGUUCACAGCAGAAAAGCGCAGCUUCUCGUCGUUUGGAGAAGUGGUACUCCUGCGGGAGGGCAUCUUCGUGCCAGACUACACAGCAGUUAUUUCCCGCACGAGCCGGUAUAUUCGUUUCACUUGGCGUGAGCUGCGCGAGGCGGAGCGACGCAUUGGCGUGGGGUGCAAAGGCCGCCAGACAACGGGCACAACAAUGACAACCACAUUUCAACGAGUAGCAGAUGAGGGAAAAAGACGUGUCGUGGACGAGGAUAUUCCCCUGCCUUGA